AUGGUCUCGAUUGUUGUAUUAGGAGCAGGAGUUGUUGGUCUCACCACAGCUAUUGAGCUCAAGAAAUGGAACCCUAAUUUGGAAAUCACUAUUGCUGCUCACCACUUCCCUGGUGAUCUUGACAGUUCCUACACUUCGCCUUGGGCGGGUGCUAACUGGCAGUCUUUUGCAACUGGACAAGAUGUUGAAUUACAAAAGAUAGACCGGUCAGGCUAUGACAAAUUCAUGCAAUUAGCUGCCAAUGACCCAAGAGCAGGUGUUUGGAUUGUUGAUAAUACAUCGUACUACACAAAAUAUGAAGUAGCUUCGGCUAAAGGCAACCUUCAAGGAUUCAUCCCCUGGUACAGGGACUCUGUAAAAGGAUUUAAAGUAAUCGAAGAGGACAAGAUCCCCUUUGACGAUGUUUCGCUUGGCACUACUUUCAAAGGCGUGGUCAUCACCGUGCCUAUAUACCUUUCCUACUUGGUGCAACAGAAUAAAGAAUUGGGCAACAGGUUUCAAAAAAUACCUCUCAUCAAGCACAUAAAAGAGGCAAGGACUUUAACAAAUGAUCCGGACUAUGUGAUCAAUGCAACUGGAUUAGGCGCCACCAAAAUCAGUGGUGUAGAAGACAGGAAAGAAAACUUCCUGGUAAAGGGCCAGACGCUUUUGGUGGAAAACAGUGCCGACUCAACUAUUUCAGUUCAGGGAUUUCCGGGAUUACCUGAUGAAAUGCUUUACGUCAUGCCAAGAAGAGAUGGUGGAUCAAUCAUUGGUGGGUGCUUCAGGCCUGGCGAUGAAUCUGUCGAAGAAGACAAGGAACUAACUGCUAGGUUGAUAAGACGAGCAGUUAAGUAUGUCCCUCUGUUGAUUAACCCUAAGUUCAAAAACAACCCGACAAAGAUUGAAAUUAAGAGAGUCAACAUAGGUUUUAGGCCAUUCAGAGAAGAUGGAAUUAGGAUUGAAGUGGAUCCGAAAUACAAGUGGUUGAUUCACGACUAUGGUGCUGGUGCGGGUGGAUACCAAGGAAGUGUUGGAAUGGGUCGUAAAGUCGUUGAGGUUUUGCAGAAAGAGUUGUCGCAUUUAAAGUCAAAGAUCUAG